CCAGGAAAAAUUCAGCAGCUGCAGAAAAAGGUGCCUCUAGCCCAGCAUUUUUAAUGAUGCAGAUACGAAGAAUGUCUUUUGCUCAUCAAAACCUACAAGAAGUGCCUUUCAUCAAAAUACUCCGGCAUGCAGACAGUCUUGAAGAACUUGACCUCAGCCACAACUGUCUUGAUGAAAAUCUUUCACAGCUUGGGGAGCUGAAAAAAUUAACUACGUUGAUUUUGGAUGGCAACAAUUUCACUUCUCAUGUUAAGUUUGCUUACAUGCCGAGGCUCAGCACCUUGUGGAUAAAUAAAAACAAAAUUACUAACUUGGCUAUUUUCAUUGCAGAGCUAGCUAAAAACUUUCCGCAAAUCAGGAUUCUGAGCAUGAUGAACAAUGAGGCUGCACCAAGCUAUUUUAAUGGAGGAAGCUUAGAGGACUACAUAGAUUAUAGGCAUUAUGUUGUUAGCCAAGUACCUACACUGAAAGUGCUGGAUGACAAAGAAAUAAUGCUUGAGGAACGAAUGGAAGCAGAACGAAUCUAUCGACCCAAAUGUUCGAAGGGCACAUCAAGAAGUAAAGGAGCUAAGGAAAACACUUCCAAUGUAUACAGUGCAUAG